UGGAGGUGGUAGUUAGAUGUCCAUUUUUAAAAUCACGACGAGUGACCCCAUGUGUUCGAGCCUUUUGUAAGGAGAGAUAAUGAGAGACUUGACUUGGUAGAGUUUGCUGGACGAUGAAAGCACGUUGGACAAAAGCAAAAGAAGCAAAUUGUUCUACGUCAAAGUCAUGUUGUGACAAAAAAGUCUCGCGCGAAAACGUAAAAUGAAAAUUGUUCGCUUGCUAAAGCUCAUAGUGAGUCACCGACAUUUUUGAUAUUAUUUUCAGCCUCGAACAAAAAAUUGGAACGACUUCUACUGGCAUGAUGCACUAGGGUCGUGAGUAGUAGGUCAACUAGACCCUCUUAGCGUUACCAAGGUCUUCUAGAACCAGAAAACGAACAGAUGUUGAACAAUAUGCUUCUUUCUACUUCAGAGAGCAGUCCCGCGAGUACGAAGAGGGGAACCUCUACGCAGCAGGGGAAGAAUAUCUAUUUCUCCAACUACACCGGAAAGAAAUCCGUGAAGGCUGGAGUAACCAAAAGUCUUCCACCUCAAUGGGCCAUGGAUGCGCCUGCGUGGAAGCAGGUGCUCGCAACGGCCCUCGGAUACCCGAUGAUGAUGGAAGUGCACAGCUUGACAUUGAUAACAGUUCUGCUGUUUUUGACGGGUUAUCUUGGACGGACCCUCGGAAUUCUUUAUGAUUGGACAACUUGAUGUUGCUGUAAUUGUCAAAUUGUAUCGGAAGAAUAAUUGAUGCAAGCUGCUAGUCCAAAAUACAAGCUGCUAGUUUUCGCCACAACGAUGAAACAAGGUAGAAUUCUAAUUGUUCCACACCAGCCGUGCAAAAAUAUCUUUGAUGCGAUAACGAUGCGUCUUAUCACCUUAGACGGCAUACUCUUCACCCUCAAGCUGCUAUUUGAUCAGGGACAAUCUUGGACUACUGUUGUACCUUCCUUUUAUGCGAUAACGAAUACGAAAAUGAAAUCCUCAUCAUGCAUCAUCCCAUUUUCUUGCCACUUCUGACCCUCCUACCUCGUCAUCUCACUCCUUAUCUCUAAGCAUACUAUCUCGCCAACAUUUUCUUUGAGCGGUAUGCAUUUGGUGGCAAAUACAGGCGUGAUCUGGGCACAGGCUAUGCAGAUUGGCCGCGCGUCAGAGCGUGGAUGAAGAAUCAUUCCUUGUGGAAACUGAUGGCGGCAUAUUUUCCAUGUACGUUGUAUAAGUUAUGGUCUUCUUUGCCACAACAUUUCCAUGUACGUUGUAAAACCAAUGGUCUAUGUCUAUGUGGUGUCCUGUGUCCAACGUACAUUCGUUCCAAUGAAUCUAUCUUCACUUAUCACCGUGACCCUAUAACAAAACAGUGCUUACCCUUACUGCUUCUCUGUAGAGUUUAAGUCAAUGGUCUAUGUCUAUGUGGUGUCCUGUGCCCAACGUACAUUCGUUCCAAUGAAUCUAUCUUCACUUAUCACCGUGACCCUAUAACAAGCCAGUGCUUACCCUUACUGCUUCUCUGUAGAGUUUAAGUCAAUGGUCUAUGUCUAUGUGGUGUCCUGUGUCCUACGUACAUUCCAAUGAAUCUAUCUUCACGUAUCACCGUGACCGUACGACAAAACAUUGCUUAGCCUUACUGCUUCUCUGUAGAGUUUAAGUCAGCUUCUAUUUUCAAUCCCAAUCGCUCCGCUUCCUGCAGAGAACUGCUUUUCUGUAAAGUCACUUUCUAAUCCCAACCGCCCCGCUUCCUGCAGAGAACGGACCCUACCUCUUCGGCAUGCACCCCCACGGCUUAAUUCCGUGCACCGCGGUUACUAUCUUCGCAUCCGAGGCCACCGGAUGGAGCAAGAUGUUUCCGGGACUAAACGUGCACUUUUGCGUCCUUGACUGCAUGUUUUUGAUCCCCUUUAUGCGGGAACAGUUUUUGUUGGCCGGAUUGGGUGGUGUAUCGAAGCCGGCUUUGGUGGAGUUUUUUAUGGCUACAAUGAUCAGUAUUUCACUUCCACCUGUGGGGUUUCACGUGGACGCAGUAGUCAGACUCGGAUCUUGUUCGUCUUCGUCCCUUUGUUAAGUACUUAGAUUGAGCUGCACGACCAUCACACUCCAUCUUGUAGGAGACCUUUGCGUCGCUUUUCUCUAGUAGCAAAUCAAUGCGGGGGCUACACCGACGAGGAAGAACGACACCGCGUCAGAGUUCUUCUAAUUUUCUAGGCAAGAAGAAAGAGAGCGUCGCACUUGCAGUGGGUGGAGCGAGGGAAGCGAUGUACGUGGGCGCGCAUCACACAGUCCCAAAGACUAUUUUCCUUGUCUUGAAGGAACGCAAAGGCUUCGUCAAAGUCGCGAUAGAAGAAGGUGCCAAUUUGGUUCCAGUUUUCACGUUCGAAGAGAAUUUUUUAUUCGACGCGGUGGACACUUCAGAUGCUAGGAAGUACCUCGAAAGCGAACAGGAGGUAGAUGAUCAUGAUGUUGAUGGAGAAUGUGGUGGACAAGGAGAAGGAGAUGUUUGCAGAGGCGCAUCGGCAUCAAAGACUCUAGGAAACAACACGGCUACUUUUUCAUCCGCCACCUUGUCGCCUAACAAGACGAGCUCAGCUCGCUCAUCUUCACUUUCUCCUAGUGCAAAAAACCAAUACCAAAACAAGAGGACUCAAGAACAAAACUCUCCAAUAUCUCCUUCUACAUCCUCUCCAACUCGCAGUCCUAGUGGUCCAUCUAAGCAAGACUCCUCGUCCUCUACAACUACUAGCAAGUUUCCUUGGCGGACUCUGUUCUUUUUCGUGCGAGAUUUGAUAGUGGCUAUCAUCCUCUGGGUGCAAGUGAGAUUGUACAAGCUGACCAGUAUUGGGUUGCCGCUCUUCUAUUAUGUAAAUGAUGUUUCUUCCAUCUAUGUAUCUUUUUAGAAGGUACAAUUAGGCUGAACUACCUCAUCAAGGCUACUUGACCACGUGGCUUAAGAGGGCACAUGACAUGACACGUAUCAUACCAUCUAGAAGAGAGACUGCCCUUUUUUCCCUUAGAACUGUAUUGGGUUUCAUUCGAGCAAGUUACAGUUAGGGUCCGCAUAGAUGGAAGAAAAUUAGAGUUGUAUCCUUCAUAUCUACGGACGUGUCAUACCCUGCUUUCCGAAAAGACAGCCUUUAAACACCUUCAUUGGUGCUAGCAUUAAAGUCGUGCAGAACGAUAAUCCAACGCAAGACGAGAUCGAUGCGAAGCAUAAAGUUACGGAGGAAAAGGGAUUGGUAACCAAUCAUUGGUUUUUCUUUUUGUUGUGGAUAAUUGUAAUUGAAUCGUGAACCUGCUGCUGUUCUCGGGGUGUUUUGACUAUAACAAAAGCAAAAGAGCAACAGGAGAAACUACGUUUCGAAUUUUUUUUGACAUUUUUUUCGCCACCAGUAUUGAAACUAGAGUGAUUGUCAUAACAGGUUGAGAAUUUGAAUUUCAACGAUCAUCGUUAUCUCUAACUUGCAAUACUGCGAUGCACUGAUCGCUUUGUUUGAGGAGAAUAAAGCCAGUGUGGGCUUUGAAGGUUGGACACUGAAAUUGGUGGCUUAGUCGAAUGGGAUGACGGACACUGAAAUUGGUGGCUUGGUACAACUGGGAUGAUGGAAAUGCCUGUGCAGCGAGUGGGCAUGGACUGGAGUGGAGUACAACUUAGUGCUCUAAACUAAGGGUUUAGACAUCAAGACCAAGAAGAGCUUUUCUGACUGUGAUGUAACUGUAACUAUGUAGAGUACUUACGGCAGAACAAGGUACACAUGGACAUGCAACGCAGUUUUCUGUUCUGGACGGCUUCUGCUCCCUAAAUUUUAUGAGAUUUACCUUGCUGUUGCUGGUUCCUACUUAUUCUGAUCGUUCCUACUUCUACUCCUGGUGUAAAAUUUUAAUUACAAGAUAGGCUUUUGCCGAUGACUGUGUAUAGUCAUUUGAGACGCCAUGAAUGAAUAAGACCAACGUGAACGUUGAAUUCUAUCAUUCAUCGUUGUUGAGACUGCCUUUACAUCGAUCUGUACUCACUGUAAACCAAAUGUAGUUGGCUUCAAAUAUAUUUCGAGCAUCAGCUUCACGCAAAUCGGGAUUAGAAGAAAUUAUAUUUUUCAUACGAGCAAGUUACAGUUAGAAGAAGACCAUGAUGAAAUUUCAAGUGUUUUUUAAAUGAACAAUCUUCUAGAGUUAGUACUGAACCUCCUACCUGUUGCAUUCUAGGGGAAUUGAUGCAUAUUAUAUAUACUACAUAGCUGGAACAAGAUGAUCCAGAUCCAUAUACUUACAUGUAAUGCAUACAUCAUAUUUCUGAAGUUGGGGUCUUUGCUCCCUUCCGGAGGACAAUCCUUUGCACAUUUUCCAAUCUCCGGAGGAUAUCGCUGGACAUAUGCUGCGUACAACUCAUACCACGGCAAGCCACGUGGCACGUGCAC